CAGCGUUUUACGUCCCGCGAUGUUUACUUAAUUCUUUGCGUAUGUUAUAUUUUAUCAAGGAUAUUUCAGUAUCCGAGAACAACCUCAAAUCUGACCGGAGUCAUCCUGAUAGCGUGAGUGUGAGAAACAAAAUUGAUGAGAUCCCAUUUGCAAAUAUGUCUAUGAUCUCAGAAUCUAUUGAAAGCAUUUUGAACAAACCAACAUCUCCUAGAGCAUUUGUAGAGUUCUAUAAUGGAUUCCUAAAUGAAGAACAUGACAUUUCUGUGAUAUUCAGAUGGAACCAACCUGAAUUUACAGACGAAGUAAUACAAGGAUACACAAUGCAAUGUUGGUUCAUCGAGAACUUAAAAGAGAUUUAAAUUUGCGACGACAAAAGUAUCUCAGCCACAAUAUUGGAAUACACGAUGCACAAUCUAAAACCUAACACGACGUACUACUUUCAAGUACGAGCGCAUACUAAAGUUGGUGCUGGUCCUUACACAGAUUUCAUUGGUGUAUCGACUACGCACGAAAAUGCAAUACCGCAAUUAUUGAUGAUAACGGGAAACAGUAUCGAUAUAUGGGAUAUGGAUUCAAAAAUCAACGUUAAUCUCGUUAAAGAUAAGUCCAUAAUAAGUGCCACUUACUCGAUAGCGGAACAUAAAAUUUAUUGGAGCAACUCGAAGGAAGAGCUAAUGAUAUUAGAGAUGAGUGAAAAAUAUAUUACGAAAAUAGCUAAGCUUCAAUUUAUUGCGUACCAUCUCUGCAUCGACUGGGUAGCAAGAAAUCUGUACUGGAUGGAAAUAGACAUAAUUUAUACUAAUAAUAUCAUAAAACUCGACUUAACAAUGUGGGAAAAUGGCAUACUCAAAUACGAUAAGAUUUUGCAAACAGAAUUUUUUUUUGGUAAUGUCGGUUUAACUAUACUUCCAUCUAUAGGGUAUGUUAACUUUCAUUCAUUUGAAAUAAAUGAACAAUAUUUUAUCAAAAAACUUUAUAUUGGACUAAAUACAAUGUUGUUUCUGUUAUGGAACCAACCUGAAUUUACAGACGAAGUAAUACAAGGAUACACAAUGCAAUGUUGGUUCAUCGAGAACUUAAAAGAGAUUUAAAUUUGCGACGACAAAAGUAUCUCAGCCACAAUAUUGGAAUACACGAUGCACAAUCUAAAACCUAACACGACGUACUACUUUCAAGUACGAGCGCAUACUAAAGUUGGUGCUGGCCCUUACACAGAUUUCAUUGGUGUAUCGACUACGCACGAAAAUGCAAUACCGCAAUUAUUGAUGAUAACGGGAAACAGUAUCGAUAUAUGGGAUAUGGAUUCAAAAAUCAACGUUAAUCUCGUUAAAGAUAAGUCCAUAAUAAGUGCCACUUACUCGAUAGCGGAACAUAAAAUUUAUUGGAGCAACUCGAAGGAAGAGCUAAUGAUAUUAGAGAUGAGUGAAAAAUAUAUUACGAAAAUAGCUAAGCUUCAAUUUAUUGCGUACCAUCUCUGCAUCGACUGGGUAGCAAGAAAUCUGUACUGGAUAGAAUUUCACACGAGUCGUACUGUUGGCAUCGUAAAGCUCGACUUAACAAUGUGGGAAAAUGGCAUAGUCAAAUAUGAUAAAAUUUUGAAAAUAGAAAAUCUCUUUUUUGGUUUUGAUCAUUUAAAUAUACUACCGUCUAUAGGGUAUGUUAACUUUCAUUCAUUUGAAAUAAAUGAUAUCGACUACGCACGAAAAUCCAAUACCGCAAUUAUUGAUGAUAACGGGAAACAUAAACAACUUUAUGUAAUGCAAUCGGAUUUUGAUGGAAAUAAUGCUCAAAUCUUUCGGAAAGAUUUAACUAUUUCAUGCCUCUUAUCUAAUACGUCAAUAGUUAUGGAUAUACGGUCAAUAAUUAUGGUAAAAAUUGACGACAUAUAUACUAAGAAGCAGCUAAUUUAUUGGCUAUUGCAUAAUCACUUAAUUGUGACAGACAUUAACGUUUCCAUAUGCAAUUUGAUUAUUCAAACCAAAAUUAUCGGCUAUCGAAUAUACUUCAAAUCUUUAACGAUUGACAAGACAAACAUUUACAUUUCUAGUUUUAGUGAUAAUGAGAGCAUAGACGCAUUCAAAUAUAUCCAAAAGAUAAAAUCGUUUACCUCGAUUGAUAAAUUUCAUCCUUUCGGUAAAUCUUUGCAAUCAUAUCCUCCGACGAGAUGUCUGACACCUGACAAAACAGUUUACAACGUAGAAGAAUCGAUGUACACAGUAACGACGAACAGUAUCAUCGUAAAUCUUCCGGGGUCAAUCCCUAAGAGUGGAUGCAAGGAGUACAAACUACCUACCACCCUAUAUACCAUCAACAUCAUAAGCUAUUGUUUGGAGCUUAACAAGUACAAUAAUUUCACCGUGCAAACGUACGAGCGAUAUUACGAGAUUUCGAAUUUAACGCCGCUUACAGAGUACAAAUUACUGCUAGUAACAAGCAAUUUUUAUUCUGAUCAAUUAUCGAUGCUUCCGUUAUCCGGCUUGGAAGUGAUACUGAAAACUAAACCGGGCAAGCUCGAAGCACCAGAAAAUGUGACAGUUCAGGCUCUUACGCCUACUAUAGCGGCAGUUUAUUGGAUGCCACCCAAGAAACUAAACUGCGUGCUUGUGAUGUACGAAAUACAUUGGACAUUAGUUAUCAACAAUAUGCGGCAAAUAAAUGAGCUACUUAUCAAUAAAACCGAACAUAAGAUAGACAGCAAAUUUUUCACAAUAAUCGAACCGUUGAUACCAGCACUGAAAUACAGGGUAUAUGUACGCAUUUAUCCACUUAACUACAGCGAACUUUAUACUGACAGUUUGAGCAAAACUUUGCACGUGUAUUCGGAACCAAACAAUAUAACUUUGAACGAAGUUAGCAUAAACGGUAUGAAUAUCUCGUGGAUUCCUAGCAUUAAUUUGACAAUUCAUUACGUAUUAGAAUACAAAAAUGUUGAGAUGCAGGAGUGGCAAAUUGCAAGAAACUUUGAGCCAAAUAGUGGGGGGAAAGUAAUGUAUUAUAUACAGAACUUAUUACCAGAAACUCUGUACGAGUUUCGUUUGAUACUGAAAUACCCCAAGUACAAGAAAGACUUUAUAUGGCCAUCUAAUAGAAGAUUUACUUUUUCAACACUGACAAGUAAGCGUGACGUUUCGAGCACUCCUGGAAUAUUAGUUAAGCAAUAUUACCUAUCACUCACCGUAAGCUUUGUCGCUAUAGUUACUGUAAUCUGCGUCUUCUACUUUUACUACUUAUAUCGACAACGCAAAAAAAGUAACGAGCAAGUUUUGCGUCCGACAAUGACCGACCUCGAAUUAGCGAUUCUAUAUGAAAUACCGAACGGUAACAUUCAAUUCAAUACGUUAUACAGUCCUAUGUUGCAAUAUAAUUCGGAUGAAUCUGUAUUGAUCAAAAUCAAACGUGAGGAAAUCAAACUAGAAAAACUUAUAGGCAGCGGCGCAUUCGGAAAGGUAAAAACUAAUUUUUUCAAUAAUUUAGAAAGACCGGGCAUAGAAAAACCCGCUGCCAUAAAAAUGCUUCAAAAAAAUGCUUCCUUGAAAGAGAAAAAGAAGUUUUUAGAAAAGGCCAGGCUUAUGAAUUGCUUCCGACACAAACAUGUACUAAGAUUGUUGGCCGUCUGCUUAGACAAAAAUUCUCCAUUAAUCGUGUUGGAAUUAAUGGAAGUUGGUGAUCUGCUAGAAUAUUUGAGGGAUAGUAGAAAAUUGCAACCAUCAGAUUUGCACGCUCUGCGUCUGCAAGAUUUGUUCGCCAUGUGCGAAGAUGUUGCGCGAGGCUGUUGCUACUUGGAAAACCUGCGUUUUGUUCAUAGAGAUCUCGCGUGUCGAAAUUGUUUAGUAUCCGCGAGAGAUCGCGAAAAUCGUGUCAUUAAAAUUGGCGAUUUUGAACUAGCUAGAGAUGUUUAUAUGACUAUGUUCUACAAAGGACAAGAUCUUCUUCCUGUUUGUUGGAUGGCACCGGAAUCUUUGGUGCUCGGAAUAUUUACUUCCCAGAGCGAUGUUUGGUCAUUCGGGGUUCUAAUGUGGGAAAUUACAUCGUUGGGUGAGCAUCCUUAUACUGGCAAGAUUAAUCAGGAAAUGAUAGAUUAUGUACGCGCUGGAGGCAAGUUGCUGAUGCCUCUCAAUUGUCCACCGACUUUGUACGAGUUGAUGCUGCGUUGCUGGAGUCCAGCGAAUGAUAGACCGAACUUUAAACUUUGUGUCAAAAAUAUUAUAAAUCUAAGAAAUAACAUAGAAGAUACUUUAUUGAGACCAGUGAAUAUUGUCUAGCUCAUAAAUGACGUUAUUUUCCAAAUGAUCCAAUGAAAAGUUUAAACGUAGGAAAAAUAAUUUGGUAAAUAUUGACAAAAGGGGACCCAGACCCAAUGACUUUGAUCUUGACAUAUGUUGUCAAGGUCAUCGUCCUGAGUAAUUCUCAAAAGGUUUUAGCCGUCGCUUGUUGUUCAUUGAAAAGUUAAUAAUAAAAAAAUUUACUAAAUAAAACUUAAUUUUUCUGACACUAUGUACAUUUAAUAGAGCGUAUCUUAGCAGAAUCAUUCAUUUAUGUGUGAUAAAUCGAACACAUUGGCGGGG